CAUUAUACUUGCAGUAUCAGAGAGAAAGUCGAUAAAACAUCUUGCAGGAAGCAUGGCGUUGAUCGAGAUUUUGUCUGGACUUGUUCGACUUCUCUGGCAAAGAGGACAUAUCAAGCACCAGGAACAUGAUAUCGAGCAACUUAAGCUAAAAAGAAAGUUUUUGGACUAUAUGAGGGAUGCUUUAAAAGAAGAGAUAAUGAAAGAACUGGUUCGUGGAAAGAUGCCAAGCAGAGAAUACCACACAUGGCUCCACAGGGGUGAAAGGAUCGAACAUCAAAUCAAUGAUAUGCUGGAUGCUCAACUCAAGGUUUCUGUCAUUGAUACUCUCACUCCAGAACACUCAAAGUAUUUGGUGAGUUCGCUGGAAAAUGAGAUCAUCAAAUGCUUGGAAAGAUCUCCAUUUGAUCAUGGGCCAAUCAGUGAUAAACCACAUAAAAUGAUGAAGAAAUCUACUAAAAGGUUGGAAAGAAAGCUGUAUCGAUCUUUUAAGAAGGGACAGAUUGUUAAGUCACCAGCAGGAGCUGAGAAAAAGGCUACAGGAAAAGUUAAGUUGGCAAAAUCUGGAAGUGGAAUAUCAAAACCUAAGAAGGGACAGAUUCAUCUGGUUCAGAAAGUGGAGGGUGAUAAGGCAACUGCAGAAGCUCAUAUGCAGAAGGAAAAAUAUGAGAAAACUGACAUUCCAGCUUCAUCAUCUAGUCCCAGUAUAGAAGCAACGAAGGCUGAUUUGAUUUCCAGCAUGAAGGGCAACAUGUCAACUGCAGAAGCAGAGCCAAAGGAGGUGAUACAUGAGCCAGCGACCAAUCCAGAUUCACCAUCUAGUACCAUGGCAGCUCCAGAAGUAGAGCCAGAGGUGGAAGAUGACAGAACGAUCGUGCCAACUUCGCCAUCUAUUUCCAAUAUGGAAGCUACACAGGCAGAUUUGAUCCUCGAAGCAAAGGGUAGCAUGGCAGCUGCAGAAUUAGAGCCAAUGGAGGUGGAAGAUGAGAUAAUGAUCGUGCCAACUUCACAAUCUAUUCCCAGUAUUGAAGCCGCAAAGGCAACUUUGUCUUCUAGUGCCAGUAAAGAAGUAACGAAGUCUGAGAUGGUGCCUUCCUCGAUAGAAAAGCUCGAUAAUUUCCCUGCUGCUGGUGAUGGAGAAAUCAGAGUCUGUGAGGAAGAAGAACGCCCAUUGUCUCCAAAAUCAAGAUUAAACACAAAGAAGUCAAUCCAACACAUGGUGCAGAAACUAAAUAGAUUGAUUGCUGAAACAAAUACCAAAAUAAUUGGUUUAUAUGGGCAAGGUGGGAUUGGUAAGACCAGCAUACUCAAGGCUUUUAUAGAUCAUUCAGAAGUCAGAUACAUGUUUGAUGCUAUAAUUUAUGUGACUGUCUCAAGAUGCUGGAGCAUAAAGAAGAUACAAAAUGUAGUUAUGAGCCAGUUAGCAAUUAACCAGGCAGACUAUCAAACAGAUAGUGAAAGGGCUAAGAAAUUGUUUCGAGCUCUAGAAAAGAAGAAGUUCUUGCUUAUUCUCGAUGAUGUUUGGGAGAAUAUUGAUUUACAUGCAGCUGGUAUUCCUACUUCUAGUCUAGGAAAAAGUUGCAGAUUGAUGUUGGCAACAAGAUCACUUGAAGUUUGCCAUGACAUGGCAGCCAAAGAGAUUGAAGUUGGGUGUCUCUCCAAGGAAGAAGCUUGGGAGUUGUUCUGUGAACAAGCGGGUCAAAUUGUUGUUUCUCCAAACAUCCAGCCCUAUGCUCAAGAAAUAGCGAAUGAGUGUGGCAGAUUGCCACUACAUAUUAUAAUUACAGCACGAGCUUUGACCGGAGAAAAUAAUGUUUCAGUGUGGAAACAUGCAUUGAAGGAUUUUCUAUUGGCUAAAACUGGAAAUUCUGACAUUGAUCCUCAAAUCCAACUGCUGAAAUUCAGUUAUGAAAGGUUGAAGAUUCAUGUCCUAAAGAGUGAAACAUUAAUGUCAUGUGACAUACAGAAUUGCUUCCUAUACUGUGCACUAAUUCCAGAAGAUUAUGAAGUCUAUACAUCUACCCUGGUAGAUUACUGGAUUGAGGAGGGUUUGCUUGUUGGGAACGCAGAUGAUGCACGCAAGAAGGGACAUGAUAUAGUUCAAGCUCUAAUAGAUGCAGCACUACUGGAAAGCAUUAAGCAUCGCACUUGCAUAAAAAUGCAUGACAGUAUCAGGGAUCUAGCCUCAGGUAUCUUAUCAGCAAAGGUAGAAAGUUGCAACUUUCUUGGGAGAACUUCUCCUAGACUUUCACAGUUGCCAACCCAGGGAAGUAAUUCAUUAUCAUCACUUGAAAGUGUAGAAAGAUACAAUAUAUGGAGACCUGUAGAUCACCAUGAAUACUUGUUCAGAGCUGGAGGAAGAUUAGCAGAACCUCCACCAGAGAAGGAGUGGGAACCAGCCAAGGUGAUGUUUCUAAUGGAUAAUGAAUUGUCCAGCCUACCUGCUAGACCAAAUUGCCCCAAUCUUUUGACAUUGUUACUCCAAAGAAAUUUCCGCCUGAGAGUUUUACCUGACUCUUUCUUUGAUCUCAUGCCUCUUCUCAAGGUGCUGAACAUGUCUAAAACCAGGAUCACUUCCUUGCCUAAGUCAAUCUCACAGCUUGAUAACUUAAAAGAACUUUACCUGAGAGAUUGUGAGCGUCUAAUGAAGCUACCUUCAGAAGUUGGGAAACUUAAACAUCUUCAGUUGCUUGAUCUGCAUGGCACUGUUCUGUAUGAAUUGACUGAUGCAAUUGGAGGAUUAAAAUCUCUGAGGGACUUGGAAGUUUCUUUUUAUGGACCUGUUGACCAUAGAGAGUAUUCCAAACUGUCAACUGAACUCAUUCCAGAUGGAACCAUAUCAAAGCUCACUUCUUUAACCAAUCUCAGCAUUGUUGUGUUCCCAGGAGAUCAUCGGUGGCACGACACAACACAAUCUGUCAUAAAGGAUGUGUGCGACCUAAAGAAUUUAACUUCCUUAAGAUUCUACUUUCCCAAGGUACAACAACUUCAACUCUUUCUUCAAAGGAGUCAUUCAUGGAAGCAUAAUCUAUUAGAGAAAUUCAACUUCAUUGUUGGUCAUGACAUCAAACGCAUGUUAUCAAGGGUUCCUCAUAAUGUAGAGUUGGAUUACAAUCAACAGGAUAGGUGUCUGAGGCUUGUGAAUUACAAGACAAUACCUGAAGAUGCUAUUAUGGAAGUACUAGCUCGAACAACAACUUUCUAUCUUGAUCAUCACCUCAAGAUCCGCAGUCUAUCGCAGUUGGGAAUUAAGAACAUAAUCAGAUUGGAAUUUUGCAUAGUUAGGGAAUGUCCUGAGAUUGAAUACAUUGUGGAUGGUGAAGAACUUGCAUUGCCAUUUUUAGAACACCUGAGCCUCUAUUAUCUGCAGAAAUUGCAGGGAAUUUGGAAGGAACAAUUGCCCUUGGGAAGUUUUGCUAGUCUAAAAUGUUUGUGCAUUCACACAUGUUGGCAGUUGAAGUUUGUUUUCACAAGCUCUACGAGUAAGCACUUCCGCAAUUUAGAAAAGUUGGUUGUGGAAGACUGCAAAGCCAUCAAGGACAUCAUAUCUGUAGAGAGCGACAUCAAGCUUGAUUAUGUUAUGCUUCCAAAGUUGAAAAUUAUGGAACUCAGAUAUUUGCCUAAUUUGGUCAGCAUUUGGAAAGGGCCUUGGCCAUCUUUGGAGCACAUUAGUUUUUACCAUUGUCCAAAGCUGAAGAAUCUACACAUGGAUUCUGUCACUGAGUUCAGAUCAUCCAUCAAGAAGAUUGAAGCAGAGAAACAAUGGUGGAAUAAAUUAGAAUUGGGAGACAGUUCUUUGCGUGAUGAACUUCAACUCCAGACUUGUUUCUUCACUUUACCAGAAGAAGAUCUGUAGUGAGCUGCAGGAGCACAUACAUUACACAAGCACAUGUACAAAGAAAAGAAACUUGGCUACAGUAUCUGUACAUUUUUUGGAUUUCAUCUAUAGGGUGUAGUGCACUUCAUACCAGUGCAGACAAAGUUUCUUGGCUAUGUUGGUAUGUCAGUUAUGUUACUUGGAUGCUUUUGCUUGUAUAAAAAUAAAUGGAAUUGACUUCAGAUAAGUACAGCAGGAGUCCAGGAUAACAUGUGGCUUGAUUCACCAAAUUCAUGUUAGGUCGCUAAAAUCAGUAUGCUCUAAUUUUUAGAGAUUGUUUAAUGCUCCAGGAACAUGUGCUCUCUAUCACAAUACAUCAGACUCGCUCUCCUUGAUUUGAGGAAUACUUGAAAUUUUAUAUAUGUAAGGAGCACUAAGACCCUGUUCGUUUAGUACUCCUAGAGUAUGUAAUUUAUAAAAUUUCCCUUUAUCAGUA